CAUCUUCUGGUCCUCCAGCAUAUUCUACCUUCUUGUCGCUCCAGCAGCCCUCGUUGUCUGCCUGAACUCUCACCCUGGUGGUCGGGAAAUGUCAAAGAGAGGCCCGUGCCGCAGCAAGGGGGCGUUACGGGGGAAAAAAACAAUUGCCUUUAUUGUUAUAUUUUCACGCAGUUGUAUUUUCUUGGUCUAACCACUAGAAUAAGCAUCAAAACGACCACCACGCCGACCGCCAAGUACGAUGGUAUAGCAUCCGCGGUGGACUGCUGUUCGCAUCCUUCAUCUGUCUCGUCUCGUAUUGCAAUCAUUGCCAAACAUGAGAAAUGAAAUAUUUGUGCACUGGGCCUGGAUGCUCUUACAAGCACACCCCACUUCCGCCAUGACACCCAGCAGAGGAUUCUGGGAUUGACGCAAGCAUCACUCCCACUAAUGGCCUGGACCAGGUUUCAGCUGGCCUGCUGAAGCUAUGGGGAGCUGCUGGAGCUGUCUAUACAGAGACGCUAUCCAAGACAACCAUCUCAACAAAUUCAAGGUGACUAAUGUGGAUGAUGAGGGAAAUGAGUUGGGCUCAGGAACCAUGGAGCUCACCCAGACAGAGCUCAUUCUGCACACACGCAAACGUGACGCCAUCCGGUGGCCAUACCUUUGCCUGCGGCGAUAUGGUUACGAUUCCAACCUCUUCUCUUUCGAGAGUGGCCGUCGUUGUCAGACAGGACAAGGGAUAUUUGCAUUCAAGUGCUCUCGUGCAGAAGAGAUCUUCAACCUGCUGCAGGAGUUAAUGCAGUGUAACAGCAUCAAUGUGGUGGAAGAGCCUAUGAUCAUGACCCGGCCCGGGCAUGCGCCGGAGAUGGACAUGCCUCGAACUCCACAGACACCCAAUACCCCAGCGUUCCCGAUGCAGGGUUUUCCUAAUGGAUACCCAGGAUACCCAAUCAGUGCAGACUCAUCACAGCCCUCUCUCACCAACGACCUCAGACACAGCCUCAUGGGACUGGAUGACCAAACUCAUACAUAUGUGAAUACAGUGGGAAUGGACACUGACCUCUCAAGCCGCCACUGUGUCCACUCCCUGCCCGAAGUGCGGCCCACCACCUACCCGGAAACCUCAACUACCACAACCAUACGUGGGGGCCCGGUCCCGGGCCAGCCCAGCUUGCACUGCUGCCCUCUGGACGACCCUCACAAAGACCCUCAGGUCUUCCUCCAGCCCGGAGCUCAGGAGGUGAAGUUCAUGUUGGGUCCGACCCCAGCACAGCGCCACAUGAUGGAGAGAGACAGAGACCGUCACGUCACUCACCCGCUUCGAGCACCAGAUGGCAGCUCUGAAACAGAAGGAGAGGAGACUCCGUCCGUACACAUGUGCAACACACACUCUUAUCACCAUUGCCAUCAUCUAAUGCACCGGCACCCGAGCAUGGAGCCUUGCUCAGAAAGCCAGCUGACGUACGAGAAUAUCAACGGACUCCGAGGGGCGCGUAGGCAAAGGCUAAGUCCGAGCACUGUGUCCCAAUCUCAGUCUUUGGGCUCCAGUAGCAGUAGCAGCACCACCGGUGACUCCCGCACACACACACAUCCGCACUCCCUCCCGCUGACACACACGCACGCUUCCUCGCUGCCUCCGCAGGGAUAUGGCUGUGACCGGGGAAUGGGGGUUGGUGGUCAUCGGCGCACCGCUUUGCUCAACUAUGAAAACCUUCCUUCGCUCCCCCCGGUUUGGGAAUACCGUGCGCUUCAGCGUGAUGAAGAAGAGGAUCAGGAUGAAGAUGAGGACGAGGAUGAGUAUGAGGAGGAAGAGGAAGAAGAAUAUGAUGAGUACGAGUAUUCUGAAGGGCCCACAACCCCAAACGGAUAUCAUCAGGAGAGUGGCGGUGGGAUUCAUCGUGAUGCUCUGCAGAACUACGUCAACACUGAACAGAUACAGCCUCCAACACGUCUUCGUCACGCUUGCCAUCCCCACCCUCACCCAGCCGAGAGGGCCAACCGGGUUUUCAACUUCGACUUCAGACGUCAGCGAGCGGGACGUGGCAGCGCCACCUGCGAGCAGCAUAGCCGUCACCCGCCGCCUCCUCCCUCUCGCCAGCUCAACUACAUCCAGGUGGACCUGGAGGGUGAGCCCUCUGGUUGCUCGGGACACGGAGGAGGGGCUCCGGUACCACAGAGACCUCCUCCCCUCAAACGUGGCAUGGCAGCCGCCGCCGCAGCGGCUCCAUCUUCUCGUCGCGGAGAAUGCUACGCCGUGAUUGACCUAAAGAAGACCGCAGCCAUGUCCAACCUACAGAAGGCUCUCCCUCGGGAUGACGGCACCUCGCGGAAGACACGCCACAACAGCACCGACUUGCCUCUGUGAGAGGGGAAAAAAGGGAUCGAGAGAGUUACAGGUAUGCCAGGAAUAUAAAUGAGGGGAAAAAUUUUCAGGAAAGAGAGUUUUGGUGGUAUUUUUCUCCCACCAUUAUCAUGAAGUGAUAUUUUCUCAUUUUCUACAUUCAUACCAACUGCUGCUUGAUGAAAUAGUAACUGUUGAGCCAAGCACUGAGCAUUUUUUAUUUAUUUUUUUCCUCACAUUUUGUGUGGGAAGGUUGGGAGAUGACAGUGAACUACUUAUUAUAUGGUUCUUGGUAGCUGUCUGGCCUUUGGGCCAAAGAAUUGGGUUCGGAAAAAAUAUUUGAUUCAGGAAACCCUCUGCAGUGUUUCUUAUUUAGUUAUUUUUAUGUUAUUUGUCAUUUUAUGGUUUGUUGGUAAUUUAAAGGGAUACUUCACCCAACAAUGAAAGACAGCAACCUGCUAGAUAACAAAUAUAUAUAUAUAUUUUGAGUGAUAAAAGGAUGAAUCAUUUUUGGGUGAACUAUUCUUUUACUUUUCAGUAUAGGCAGAAUAGUAUUUUGACACUUGAGCAGAAAAAGACUUGACACCACCAUAAGUGUUUCAUUAUCACAUGUAAGAUAAUACUAUAAUUAUGAAAAAAUAGAUCAAGCUUUCAAAUAACUGAACAUUCUUCAUCAUGAUAAAGAUACUCCAGCAGUUUCUCUCAUGCUGUUUGUUUCAGUUCCCAUAUAGCUUUGUGGUGGCUGCAACAAGGUUAAAGAGAGCGAAUUGUUCCGUAUUUGAAUGCCUCUUGACUCUUCUAUCCUCAGGAAUUGAUUUGAUCAAUUCAGUUUGCACUUAUCUUUCUUAAAUUGUAACUGAGCCUCUCCUAAUUUCAGAAUUCCCACUAAGGGAUGGUAAAAUAAAGUUUACCCAAUUAAAAGUAAUUAUUCAGAAUAUGAUCAAUAGUCUUCAUGGGUUCUUGGUGGUUUUGAGAUGGAAGUGCUACUUUGGCCCAGCAAAACGCAUAGAAAGGGAGGCUAAUUCUGAUCCAAAAAUGAGCUUAUUUUGUUCAGUACCUGCUCAAGCUUUAGCUAUGAGAACCAUUGCUGGUCCUUUUUUUAUUUAGCUAUGUCCGUCUCUUUUCCUACUAGAAUGCGGUCAGUUAUUUUUGUUUUUCACUCUCCCCAAAAUUGAGUCCUCAGCAGUCAUUUGCAUUGAAACAUAAAGUAAAUCAAUAUUUUCAAUUAUAAAAAAGGGUAUUACUGUUUGUAGAUAGUUGAAGCAGAAAGUAAAAUACAAUUAAAACGACUAUUCUCAUGUCCCUAAUGUGAUAAUAUAUAGAGAACCUGAGAGUGACAAUUUUCUGUGAAUCCAAGAGUGUAUUUAUGUACAUUUAUGUUUUGUAAAGCUAUGUAAAGCACCAUAUGCAUAUUCAGAGGGAAGAAUGUUAAUUAUUUUUUUAUAUCUUAAAAAGUAUCAUGCCAGGAAUCAUGAGGCAAAACAUAUUUAUUUAAUUUAGAAUUAUUUAUCUAGCUCGCUGUCUGUCAAUUUAUUUAUUCCUUUAUUUAUUGUUUCGUAUUUGAAUUAUUCGUACAAGUAGAUGUUGGUAGAUUAGUCGUUUUAGAGAUACCAAAGGUGGUAUGGGAGACCACAGAAUCAACCUUGGUAUUAUUUAAUGUCUUUUUUAAACUGCAGUUUCAUGUUGAAUAAUAACUGUAUUUGAACAUAUUGUGCCAAAAAUAUAAUGUGCCAUUGGUAAAUGUUGAAUUUUAGGGCUAACAAUCAGCAACAUGUAAGACAUAAAUGCAGCUGUUCCUUACAAUUACAUCAUGAUCAGUUCAGGACUUUAUAAUGUUUUGUCUACAAGUACACUAAAAAACCCGACAUGUCAGUGUAUUCCCAGUGAAAUCCCAUUUUAUCUAUCCAAAUUAGUUAAAAGUGAUAUUUUAUAGUCCCUAACAUUACUGCUGUUUUUCAUUGGAAUUUCAUAAAUCAACUAUUUUUAUAACACAGUUGUUGUCAUAAAAUGGGCAUACAUCUUUUUUUUUUUUCUUUCAGUUUUAGCAUUCGCUGUCUUAUGGUUGUUCACGCAGCCCUGAAAAAGAAUUUAUUUCUCACCAACAAUACUGAUGUAGCUAUACUGAAAAUUUUGCUAGGGACCUCCAAGAGCUGAGGUUUUUAUCUUACUUGCUUGGUAUGGACAUAGACCUAGUUUUUCAAAAUCUCACUGGCAGCCAUAUUGUUCUGGGUGCAGGGCUUUGUGGGCCUGACUUAUUGUGGAUUAUUAACAAAAUGUUGAUAAUUACUGAGAACAAAAAAAUAUCAUGUGAGAAUGAAACAUCACGUUCUGUGAGAAGCCAUAAUUGAAAGGAAAUAUUUUAAGGGCCAGGUACAGGUAUCUUGUUUCUUAACGAAAAUGUUUCGAGUAAUGUGAUUUAUUUUUUUAUCACCAAAAUUUUUCUAAUUUAAAACUAUUUUAAAAAUGACACGCUACAUCAUUGUGACGUUUUUAAUUUCAAAAGCCUUGCAGUUCAAUACAAUAUUGCUGCCAAAUAGGAAAUCCAAAUAAAAUCAACAUAUUACACUCACAAUCACGAUUACAUAGACUUAUUAUGUACUUUAAGAAUGCGAUGAUGAACUAUUUGGACACUUUUAGACACUUUUCAGAGGAUCGAUCUAGUUUUUAACAUCUAUAUUUUAUUAUUGUGGUAUGAUAAACAUUUUGCAAUAACAGCUAAUGGAGUCAUAUCAGAAUUUGUUUGAGUUGUUCAAGAACAUGUUCUGUGAUACAAGUCACAGCUGUGUCUGUGUGCAUUCAGAAAGGACUGGAUCAGCAGUAGUUUACUGUCUUUCUCAGGCCUCAUCUUGAUAAACAUGCGCUAUAUGUGUAUUUAAACCAGGCUUGAGGGAAAAAAAAUCUAGUCAUCUUGUCUGUAGGUGUGGGAUCAUAGAGAACUUGAUUGUGCCAUAAGUGAUUUUCAUCCACUCUUUUACAAUAACGUGUAGCUAUAGUGGAAUUUUAAAGGUACAGUAGCACUACUAACUAGAAUCCUGUGUUGACUUUGAUUGCGUGGGGCCGCUUUGGAGUGUAAAUGCUUCUUUUGUUGGUCGCUUGGUUGGUUUUUGUUUUAUAUAUCUUCCAUGCACAUCAUUAUUUUCACUCAUUUUCAGGGGAAAUCAGCACUUGAGUUACAUGUUAGACCCAGGUUAGUUGCACUGAAAUUGCAAUGGGGUGAGCAAUCAUCUGAAAGUACUGUAAAUCCCUGUGUGAAAUCCUGAUUUUUCCAAAUUUACCAAGAAGUGCAAUGACUGAAUGUGCUUAUUGACCUAAAGUUGAAACUUUUGUUUCCAUGAAAACAACAUUGAACCUCUUAGUUAUGGAAUACCGCCACUCGUCGAGCGAUCAUAAUUAAGUUUCUCAUCUAAACCUGGGAUGGUAUUCCACUUGAAGAGGGUUUUGCAGUGACCUUAUCGAAUGACCUGUCCUAUUGGCGGUAGACUUGCAUUGUCAUAAUAAAGCUUAGGCGAAGCUCAAUGACUGUGAUGUACUGUACAUUAAUGUGAAUGUGUCUCAAAUGUGUCCGAGUUAAAGAGAGUGCAAUGCAUGGACUCUGUAACGGAGACUGCAUUUCUGAAGCUCUUCAAACUGUUUCGCUCUCAAACGGUCUUACUCUCUGUAUGAAUGUACCACACAGAGAUGGACUUGUAAAAUGCUCAGAUGAGGUGAUUUACACUCAAUGUUUCUAUCCUCCCUGAUGAAAAGAUGUGUUAAUGUUAACGUUUCGUCUCAAGAAUUCCGAUUUCAAUUAGAUUUUUUUGAUUGUUUCUUUAUAUACAGUAUUUACAUUUUCUUGUAAGUAUGUAAUUCUGUGUAUGUACAUAACAUAUAUAGGUAUGCAGUUGCAGUCAGCUUCUCCUGUGUUUGUUUGUGUUGGCGCAACCAGACACUAUACUUUUGCCACAGCCAUUUGUAGAAAGAGCAACGCCUUGACAGUCAUUCCGUUAGAUGGACAUUGCAGUCUCUAUAAACAGAUUGGAGAUCUCCUAUAGUCUGUUGAUGUUACUGUCACAACCCUUCCCCAUUCUUAUGAUGCAAAGCAGGCAUGCCCCAUGUUGAAUGUUAUUUUCAGUCAUAUAAACUUUUGAAGAGAAAGGCUUGUAUAAUAAAAAUGAAUGUGAUUAAAUGUAAUGUCAACAUUAAAACAUGUUUAAAACAUGGAAAUAUCA